AUGAAGACGCUCUCGGCCGCGCUGGCGCUGGUCGCACCUGUCCAAGCCGGCCUUCGCUUCCCAUGCUCGACGCUGACCGUCCAGCGGCUCGACCCCGUCGUCGAACCGGGCAAGAUCCCAUCCGCUCACGUCCACCACAUCGUUGGCGGCAAUGCCUUCAACGCCACCAUGGAGGGCGACGUUGCCGAGAGGGCUACGUGUACGACAUGCCAGAUGUCCGAGGACUUUUCGAACUACUGGACGGCCCAGCUGUACUUCAAGCAUCCCAACGGCUCCUACCAUCGCGUGCCCGUCGUCCCCGUCCAACCCCUUCUGGGCGGCUCGGAGGGUGCCCGGGCCGGCCUAACCGUCUACUACACCCAGCACGACUUGUUUAGAGAUGAUCUCGGACAGCAAAAGAUUACAUCCUUCAAACCGGGUUUCCGAAUGACCGUAGGAAGCCCGACUGUGGAGGGUAAGCCUCAAGUCGGCCUCCGCUAUCAGUGCCUGCAAGGCCAGUUCAGAGGCCCUGAACUGGACGACUUCCCCUCGCAGCCGUGCUCCGGUGGCAUCUUCACCACCCACCACUUCCCAGCCUGCUGGGACGGCAAGAACCUCGACAGCCCGGACCACCAGUCGCACAUGUACAACACGAUCCGGAGCGACGGGUUCGUGCCGGCGGGGCCCUGCCCGUCCUCGCACCCGGUGCGCAUGCCGCAGGUGACGUACGAGACCGUGUGGGACACGACCAAGUUCAACGCCAUGUGGCCCGCGGGCGCGCCCAACCCCUUCGUCUGGAGCUUCGAGGGCACCGCGGGCGGCACCCACGCCGACUACAUGUUCGGCUGGAAGGGCGACGCCCUGCAGCGCGCCAUGGACCAGCCCGAGUGCUUCUACGACGGCUGCGGCUCCAUCACCAAGCAGGACAUGGCCGUGGCCAACCAGUGCACCAUCGAGGAAACCGUCAAGGAGGACGUCGAAGGCUGGCUGGACAAGCUCCCGGGACGCUAA